AUGAAAUUGUCUUUCAUUUUUGCUGCACUUUUGACCAUCGCCACUGCGGUCUCUGCUUCGCCAACGCCCACUACCAACGCCAAGCGCAUGGCAGAAGGUCUCCCUCCUUUGCCCCCCACUCGUCGUUCCAAUGCGGUGCGAGCUGCCCCCUCCGUAUCCCUGGUUCCUCGUGCAUGA